CGCUGUGUUUGAUGUAAAGUUAUUCACAUGAGGAAGCAAUCCAGCUAGCUUGUGGAAGGUCUCUGGUUUUACCCUGGCGCCCGCUCAGGUCUAAAACAAUUCUCUAAGGGACUGCCUGGGUUCUCUAGCGCCAGCAAAAGCUGGAAAUAUCAUCAUAUGAUCGGAACUGUGUAGGUGUGACUUUAAGCCCAACAAAAACUUUUAUUUUAACAGUCUCUAACUUAGUAAUCCUAACUGGACAGACAUCUUGUAACAUGAAAGAACGAUAUUUUACUGGAUGUGGCGGAACUCUAGCUGGGGUUGUUGAUCUUACUGGUGUCACUGCGAGAUUCAUUAAAUUACAAGUUAUGGAAGAAUAUAGGUCAUUGUAUAUCUGCGGACUUAGUUUAUCAGGCGAGCAAGUUUUUCAUGAGACCAAUCUCACAAGCAACCAAAGCAUCUGUGAAAGUACUCAGGAGGCGGAAGGUUCUGCUAGCAAUAAUGAUGUAAACAUCAAUAAGGAGUGGUCAUCAUGGAGCAAUUGCUCAGCUUUCUGUGGCAUCGGGACUCAGUCUAGGACCCGACCAUGUAUCAACAAUAUAAGUGAUAGCAGCGGUGCCUCAUGUCGGAGAAUGGAUACAGAGUAUAGAACGUGUAAAGACUACGAUUCUUGCUUCAUAUGUUCCAAAAGAUAUGAAAAAUGCUACAACAUUAUUCCUGAAUUAACUAGCUGGCGACAUGCUGGGAAUGAAUGUUGGAGAAGAAGAAUGAAGCUGGUGUCACUAAGCUCCCUCAAUGAACUUCGCUUUGUCAAGCAACUGUUGCGUAGGGAGACAAGAUACACACGAGAUCGACCGUCUGUAGCGAUUGACAGUCUCCAAGGCAACACGAGCUACUUCACCCACAUAGGUAUAUAUAGAAUGCUGAAAAAGAAUCAGGUAGUUGCGGACUAUUCAGAAGAUUACAAACCUAUCAUCUUUUCAGCAUGGUAGGUGUUUAAUGAUAAUUUAUUUUGAACCGGGAAAUUGUUCCUCAUUUUUGACCGGGAACAUCCCUUUUUCUUUACGUUUUAUUGUCGACAUUGCCAAGAAAAUCAGGAAACAUCUUCAUCCUUUUUGACCCGGAAACAUGUUUCCCUUAUUUCAUCGUUUUCUAUUGACGACAAUGAAACUAAA